AUGCGGCUGGUGUUCCUGAGGACCAUCCAGGUGUUCCUGAGGACCAUCCAGGUGUUCCUGAGGACCAUCCAGGUGUUCCUGAGGACCAUCCAGGUGUUCCUGAGGAGCCAUCCCGGUGUUCCUGAGGACCAUCCAGGUGUUCCUGAGGACCUCCUGGUGUUCCUGAGGACCAUCCCGGUGUUCCUGAGGAGCCAUCCGGAGGAACUCAGGAGGCUCCAGCACACCCUGGAACAGGUCAAGGAUGGCAAAGACUCACUCCAAAGCCAUCAGCUCACCAUGGAUGAAGAAAAUAAUAUCCAGGAAUAUCCUAUCAACCUCCAGCCCUUGGAAUCCAAAGUGAAAAUCAUCCAGCGAGCAUGGCGAGAGCACCUGCAGCGCCAGGACCUGUCCCCAUCCCCGGAGCUGCAGGACAAGGGCAGCCCAUCCCCGACGUCCCCGAUGUCCCCGAUGUCCCCAACGCCGCCGGCCUCGGGCAAGAUGAGCAGGUCUGUCAGCAUGAACACCUUCUCCGACAGCAGCACCCCCGUGAGUCCGGCUGGAAUUCCUCCUUCUUCCUUUCCUGGCUUCCUCUCUGGCCUUGGGGAUAAGUGAAAGCUCAGCUGAGGGUGCACGGGGUUGGUAAUGGGUUAAAAAGGGGUUUUAGGGGGCUCAAAUCACCUCCAGGCAGAGCCUCCUCUUGUGGGCUCAUCAGGAUGUCUGACUGUGGAUGUCAGACCUGGAAUUCAGCAGAUUUUGGAGGUGUUCUUGCUGGUAAGAAGGGGCUUCCAUGUGGUCCUGUGUGUUUAGGAUAUUGUGCUCCCAAAAAACCUCAAACUGUGGUGCUUUUCAUGCAAAGAAAUGUGGUUUCUUGGUUGGUUUUUGGUUUUGCUUUGUUGGUUGAUUUUUAUCAAAAAGGAGACUAAAAGAGACUAAAAGAGACUUUGAGAAGCUGAUUUAGGAGAUCAAAAUCAAGUUUGAUUUUGGAAUAAAUAUUCUGCCUUGACCAGUGGUUGGAGGCUGCAUUUCUCUUUUUAAGGUGACCCUAAAUAAACCCCAAAUACAGAUCC